UCAAAAGAAACUCACCUAUAAAUGACAUAUAUUGACAAAAUGACAAAAAUAUUUAAAUGACCGGGCUACACAAGUUCUAUCACCCUGAUUUAAAGGCAGUUUAAUAUUUACUCGAAACAGAUUCAAGGGCUGAAAUAUUCAGUAAAAAGAAAUACCGCUUUUCUGGAAUAACUAGAGAACUUGCAGCACAUUUUAUUUGAGUCUGUUUGAUUUAAAUGCAGGCAGCGAAAGGCCCUCCAAAAGCCGCGUGCAUCACUGGUCCAAUAAGACGGACUGUUUCCUCUCCUGCACCCUCCUCGGUCCUCAACGCUCACUGACUCGCUUCUAAUCCUUUUUUGAUGAACUUGGUUAAUGGACCUCCUGCCGUGGCUUUGGCUCUGUUCAUUAGGCAGCACACGACCUUCUCCACGCCCCCGGAUUCACGCAAGCCGUGUGUCCCCCCCCCUCCCCCCCGUGUCUCUCGGGUCCAUAAAUUCCCGUCCCAGAGUUGGGGAAGUUUGAAUUUGCGCUUCCGUCCCCCAGCGCUGUCUGGUUCUGCUUCAGAGGAACAAGUGGAGACAUGCCGCCGCGUAAAGGCCUGUUUGCGCCCUUCAUCACCACAACUCCGGAGGGCGGGGUCGGACCCGCGGCCCCCGUGGAUCUCAGCGGGGACAUCCAUGCGCUGCUGCAGCGGACCCGAGCGCAGGAGCAAGCCGAGGCGGCGCGCUCCAGAGACGGCCGUGACUUCUGCGAGGCGUCCCCGUGCGCCAUCGUGGAGCUCCGGCUGGGCCCAGCGCUGCACUACCUGCAGCCCGACAGGUGCGCCCUGGAGCGGGCGCAGAGGCGGCGGCGCCUGGCCGCCAACGCCCGGGAGAGGAGAAGGAUGCUCGGACUGAACGUGGCGUUCGACCGGCUGCGGAGCGUCAUCCCGAACUUGGAGAGCGAGAAGAAGCUGUCCAAAUCGGAGACUCUGCAGAUGGCGCAGAUUUACAUCAGCACCCUGACUGAGCUGCUGCAGGACGGGACCGGGACAUGCGGGCCUUCGGAACCGAACCGAGCUGGACCUGAGGGUGAGGUUCGGAACGCGGAGAGGAGCAGAUAACCGGAACGCGUGAUAGAAACUGAGGGACACCAAAAGACUCAAAACUUUUUUUUCUUUUUUCUUUUUUUUUUUUUUUUACCGUUUUCUACUGAUUGUAAAUAAAUUCUGCAAUAAUCUUUCAGUCUGCAGCUUUUUAUAUUCAGGUCAUUUAGGAGAUUUAAGAUUUUUUUUCCUCCUUUUCACACAAUAAUAUCCCCCCCAAGAAAAAAAAUUUUGCUGAGUGAUAAUUCAGGAUAUUGAGGGGGGAAGAAAGCAGUCAAGCAGUUACUGAAAGUAGCAAUUUUUAUUAUUUUAAAAUUAUAUACAUGUAACCAAAGACACAAGUCUGCAAAUUGGUACAAAGAUCAAGUUUUCCUGCAGAAGCUCUCUGUCCAUCCGUCCAAAACAAACACACAACUGGGCGAAAAAAAACAAAACAAAACAAAAAAAAGCUUUAGAAAAUGAAAAA